AUGCUGAGUUUAGACAUGAAGUUAGUAACGCGAUUACGAGGUUUGUCAUUAACAUCAAACUCAUCGGGAAGCAAUAACACAAGUUCAACGCCGCCGUCUCCAGCCCCGACAAUAUUAUCCAGCCAAGUGCAAGUUGGAAGCACGACAUCGUCAUCAGUAUCGUCAUUAAAUGAGCGGCGUAGAAGCCGUGAAAGUGGAAACAAUGUCAGUCCAUGUACCAGCGACCGUGAGAGCGACGAAGAAAUUACUUCCCCGAGAAUUGUUCGCGAUCGAUCUAGAUCGGUUUGCAUGCCGGUCUUGACUUCGUCACAACUAAGACACCUUCAUCGACGAGCCAGUCAUCAUGUAUCCUCGACAGACACAACAUCAAGGCGCGGUGUCUUGUCAAGAAGAUGUUACGGAAGCGUAGAAAUGCUGCCGCAAAUCGAACAAGACGGCAUAGAGAAUGGACGAAGAUUUCGCGUGGAGAAUGGAGACUCGCCAGGCGAAAAAGAAGAGAUGUUCGGGUCACCCAGCACUCCAGUGCUCGAGAAUCCGGAAAACCAGACACGUUGGUACUUCAAAUAUUUCCUCGGGAAACACCACGAGAGAAAUCCACUUUUUUUGUCAGUCGUCCAGAAUGACGGUGGUGAUCAAUGUGUGCCACAAUACAUUAGAGUCAUCCUCUGGAGACGAACUGGAACGCAAAAAAUUGCAUUGCCAUGUUCGUCCAACAAAUCGAUGACUGCUAAGCAAAUUUUAAGCAAUUUUUUUGGAAUAGAAAAAUUUGAUAAAGCGCCACGCGAGAUCUUCGCUCCAGAGAUUCAAAAAGAUCUUUUGUCACUGGAGGAGCAAGAGGGCUCAGUGAAUUUUAAAUUUGGUGUUAUAUACGCCCGGGAGGGCCAGACGACCGACGACGAGAUGCUUUCUAAUGAGAAGGCAAGUCCUGGGUUCGAGAGGUUCUUAGAGAUUCUCGGCGAACGAAUUCGCCUUAAGGGUUGGGACAAGUACAGAGGUGGUCUGGAUGUCAAAGGCGAUAUGACGGGAAAAGAGAGUAUUUACACGGUCUACGCAGGUCAUGAAGUUAUGUUCCACGUUAGCACAAUAUUGCCUCACUCUAAAGACAAUCCUCAGCAAUUAGAGCGCAAAAGACACAUUGGAAAUGACAUUGUAAACAUUAUUUACACCGACGAUCCCACUCUACUCGAGACUUUUAAUCCCAAUUGCAUAAAAAGUCAAUUUACACAUGUAUUUGCAGUAGUGGCAAGUGUGGAACGAGGUUGGCAAAUAGCCAUCUACUGUGACGAGAACGUGCCGCUGUUUGGGCCAAGUUUGCCGUGUCCUCCACUUUUCGAGGAACAGUACGCCUUUCGAGAAUUUCUUCUCGUAAAGCUGAUUAACGGGGAAAAAGCUACAUUUGAUACACCGACAUUUUCACGGAAACGCGAGCGUACACUGGACUCAUUACUUAGGGAUUUGUACCAGGAGCACACCCAAGAGAGUAAAGGGAACAGUAUGUUGAAUCGACGCGCACUUUCGGAUGUGGUUGAAACAGCAGGACGCAGAAGGGAGGAGACACGAUCUGUGGAAAUGGUUAGAAUUGGACAGGAUCUAAAACUCGAUGCAAUCGUUCGAGGACUUGCACCAACAUCUCUAGCAACUGUCGGACCACUUAAACCAAGGCCCUGGGAGCCCCGUUGUAUAUAUCCCGACUUUCAUCAUGAGUUGGUUUGCGGUGACAUUUGGUCAGAUAACAAAUUAAUUUUAGCCUCUGAAAAUGGGACAUUCCUCGUAGAAGAUGGGCUGCCCGAUAGACUACUUUUCGAUAAAUCUGUCCAAAUUAAACAAUUGAAUGUUGUGGAACAACAUGGCAUAUUGUUAUUCCGUACUGGCGACAAAGGUAAAGAAAGCAACGUAUAUGUAUAUCGAUUGAGCGAGCUUAAUGGAGAAAGCAAUACAACCUCUAUCGAUUACAAUUCAUUUGAAGAGGAUGAGGAUAUUGCCGGCAGCUUUUCGUCUAAUUUCACGAUGACUACCAACUCUAAUCCUAGUACUUCGAACCGUCCGACAAUCAUACGAACGCGGUCACAUAUUAAAGAGAGGAAAUUAGAAAGGACUCGUGACACCGACACUGUUGAGGGUUUUCGUUUCAUAAAGGAAUAUAAUGCCUCGGAGCCACCGUCAGUGGUAACAAUUAUUGAAAGUACUGCAUCAGACAACGAGUGGUUGCUCUGUUGUGGGCUGCGGCAUCAUUUUGAAUUAAUAUCUGUCGACGGAGCUACUAAAUCCCUGCACAUGGAGGCAUCAAUGAAACCGCACAUCGUCGCAGCACUGGAUUUGUGCGAAGACGAGGAGCCGGAGUUGUUAUUGUGUUACAAUAAUACCUGUCAUUUUCAAAAAUUAUCCGAAGACACUGCUGCGUCAACGGAGUUUGAUUUUAAUUGGAACUCUGUACCAAUUACUGUCGCGUGUGCCUUUCCGUAUGUUAUUGCAUUUACAACAGAUACUAUGGAAAUUCGUUUAAUCAUCAAUGGUAAUCUUGUCCAUACUAUAAGUAUGCCAAAUUUGACACUUAUAACAUCUAAGCAUGACACUUAUUUUGCUACAACUGCACCGGAGUUUAUGGCGUCUAAAUGCGAGAGGAUACGUGUUGAUACCAAGACUGAUAAAGAUGACAGAACAUCAAAUUGUAGUAAUAGACGCUGUCCAAGUCCAAUUGAACCGGAAAUACUGAACGCACAGCCAACAAAUGACUUAAAUUUUCUAACCGUCGAACCGCACAGACUGCUAAGUCGGUCAUGUAGUAGCAGUCCCACGCCAAACUUGGCGGUAUCAUCUGCUAGUACGCCCAGUAAAUAA